AUGUUGCAACAAAAUCAAAUAUCAAAUUUACUUAAAUCAGCACUACUGUCUCCUGCAUCAUCAUCAACAGUUUCCAGUUUCCACCCAAUUUCAAUCUCAUUAUUAUCCAACCAUGGCAAUCCAUUAAUUUCACUCACUACUAAAAGCCAGCAGGGGAAUGAUCGACAACUGCACCUGCAAUCACAACCGCAACUGCAACUUCAGUCAUUACAUAGUUCUAAAGCUGGUACACCAACAACUACAACAACAGGAGAUGAAUAUGAACAAGGGUCUAACACGAGACCAACACCGUCAAUCACAACCACAAGCGCAAACCAUGCAGAUUCACCCAAUGAUGUAUCGUCAAUCACCUUGGAUCAAUUGAAGAUAUACUCGUUAAUUGCAUACAAUUCAACCAUAGAAACCAAUGAAUUGGCAGGAUCACCCGAGUCGAGUGAUAGCAAUGAUUGGUCAAUUGUUGAUUUCGGUAACGUGAAAUGUAUAAUAUCAAAAAUCAGUCUCGGUCAUAAUUCAGUACCACAAGACGACAAUAAAAGAAUCAAGCAAUUGAAAGACAAUGGACAAGAUAUCAAACGGGGUAGUAACGCAAUAAACGCAAAUGAUGAUGCAGAUAAUGGUUACGACAGAGACGGUAGAGACGAUAUAGACGAUGAUAGAGAUUUAUUUGAUGGAUAUUUUGUCGUACUAUUCUAUCAAUCAAAACCCAAAUCAAAAGAAGUUAGUGACUCUUCCCAGGAAGAUGUUGAAUUAGAAGUUGAUGCUAUUGCCAAGAUCAAGAUUGAUGCAAUCGUGAAUGCGUUAACUCAAGGAUUAAAAGGGUAUCAUGAACCAAUAGCUUACUAA